GGGCUGAUUUUUUUACCAUAAAUAUAACUUAUAGAUAUGUACAAGAUAAGAUACUUUUCACGGGAUUUGGUGAUACUUGUGUUUUUUUUGGGAGAGACCCCAUGGAAAUAGCCAAUGGUUGAAUCAAACACAGCACAUUCUCAUUGAGAAUAUUGACUGUUAUGGCUUGGCAAUGAAUAAAAAUGAAUUUCUUUAUAUUUCUGAUUAUGAGAAACAUCAAGUGAGACGAUGGAGAAUGGGAGAAUAUAACAAUGAAGGAAUUGUGGUGGCAGGUGGAAAUGGUGCAGGAAAUCAACUCAAUCUACUCAGGCAUCCUACUUUUAUCUUUGUUGACGAAGAUCAAUCUGUUUAUGUAUCAGAUUACAGCAAUCAUCGUGUGAUGAAAUGGAUAAAAGAUGCAAAAGAAGGAACAGUUGUGGCUGGAGGAAAUGGUCACGGAGGAGAAUUCAAUCAAUUGUAUCAUCCUCAAGGAGUAUUUGUUGAUGAUUUGAGUCAAAUCUAUGUGGCAGAUCAAUUGAAUAAUCGAAUAAUGCGUUGGUGUGAAGGAAAAGAAGAAGGUGAAAUUGUUGUUGGUGGAAAUGGUUCAGGUGGUCAUCCGAAUCAAUUAAAUUAUCCCCAUGGUCUAUCUUUCGAUGAUGAAAGAAAUCUUUAUGUUGCUGAUACUUUUAAUCAUCGAAUUCAAAAGUUUGAAGUAAUUUUGUGA